CGGUUUUGUUGUAAGCUGAGCAAAAAUAUCUGCGAGUGUUCGGCGAAAAGGACAGUAAUUAGGGAGAUAAUUGGUUAUAUCUACUUUCACUUUCGGAUACCUUGCUAAGAGUAAAACAACUUUCAAGCAUUCUGUGACGAUAGCUAUGCCCAUAAAAAGUGUGACUAUAAUCUUAAGCUUCUGGCCAUGAAAGUAGACAUGCUGCGACAUUACUUGUGGGUAGCAUUUAUAUAAACAUGAAGAGUGUACGUCAGGCAGUUGUGAGAGAAGUUACCAAAACUACCGUUCCCAAGAUCCACUUCAGUGUUGUGGAGGUAGACAUACCGUCUGCAGGGCCAGGCCAGGUGCUGGUGAAGGUGCAUGCCUGUGGUCUGUCACUUGUCAGACAAAAGAUUCUGAAUGAGAUCUUUACUGGCAGUAAUGCAGAGAGCUUUCCCUGUGGCCAGGAGGUAUCAGGGGUUGUGGAGAGGAUAGGAGAAGGAGUAACACAUGUCAGGGCUGGAGAUGAUGUUGUUGGCUUGCUGCCAUUGGACAGCCCAGUAUCAGGGUGUGGUGAAUACUGCAUCUUCAAUGAGUAUGACUUAGUCAAGAAACCGAAGAUGCUGAGUCAUGCUGAUGCAGCAGGCGGUCUGGGUGACUGUGUGCGCGCCUACACGGCCCUACACUACCAGGCACGAAUCUGUUCCGGGGACACGGUUCUCAUCAUCGAUGGGGCCUCAGGGUUUGGUCUGUGCGCUAUGCAGAUAACAAGACAGUGGGGAGCCAAGGUUAUAGCCACUGUGAACAGUGCAGCUGAGAAAUCUUUUAUUGAGGCUGUCAUCCCAAAUUGUGCAGGUCAUGUGAUUGAAAUGGGUAAAACCAGUGCCAUUCUAGUGAGCUCAGUCAUGGAGGAGACAGGUGGUCUUGGAGUGGAUGUUGUUGUUGACAAUGGAGUUCGUAUGUACACAAAUGAGGAAGACUGCAACCUGCCCUCAGAGCGCAGGAAAUUCACAACUCCUCACAAGCAUGAUGUCAUUUCCUGUCUGGGGGUUGCUGGGAAAUGGGUUACACAGCAGUCUGAUCUCCAGUUGGAUCCACCUGACUCUCAAGCCUUGUUCAUGCGUGGUGCCAGUGUGAAUUUCCUAUUUGACGCAGCAUGGACGCUGUCCUAUGCGCAACAAGGUCGAUACCAGCACAUUCUUCAAGAAGUCGUUGAUAAACUUGAUCAUGGACAGAUCAAAUGCAAAGUCAUUAAGACAGUGACGAUAGAAGAUGUCCCUGCUGAGUUAUCUAAUCUUGAAAACAAUAGGAUGGGAAAGAUUGUCAUGACUGCGUAAAUGAUGAUAGAGUUUAAUAUGAUUAGAAGUGAUUUUUACAUGUCUGAUUAACAAGUCAUAGGUGUUUUUUAGCAUACAAACAACAUUGUCAUUAAAAAUUGAAUUCAUGACAUUUUUUAAAUGAUUUAGUAAAGUUUCAUUGACUAGAUUAUCUUUGAAUAUUACUUUAUUGUCUUAAAAUAUAUGUGUGAUUAAAAAAAAAAUCUGA